AAAAUGGCCCCUAUAACAAGUUACUUUGGAAAGUGCAGCGCAGACGUUAUAAGUGAAGCUUGCGGAGUGGUAGAACUACACAUCGUCUCAUGACACUACAGAGCAGCAUGCCUUUGGCAAAGAAUCAAAUUAACGAAUGCAACUGUUGAGCUAAAUGUUUAGCAAGUAACAUUUAUUGGGGCCGAAGCAGCUACAGGUGCAUGGUGAAACUUCAUCGAGUGCGAGUUUAUAUGGUGGAUUUGUAUUAUAGCAAAUGCGCAGCACGUAUAACUACUGCGCAUGAAGAUUGGCAAUACAAAUAACCAUGACGCUAUGCUUGCGCUCAUUGGAUCGUUGCAAGUUGGCGUGACAGCCGUGUUAUGUGCAGGCUGCUCGUAUCCUGGUUUGUAGAGUAAUCUAGACUUCACCUGUGACAAGUUUCCUCUCUUAGCUGUGACCUACCAGUUCGAAUAACUGUCAUCACAGUAUUAAUUUGCAGGCUCGUAAACGCGGUUUAGUUUGGGAAUCUUCGCCAAAGUAACCUUACAAGUUAAAAGGUCACCAUGACGUUUCCCGCAGCGAAGAUCGCCAUCAGUCUGGCGAUUCUACUCUCGGUAGCGUCUUGUACAGUGGGUGAAGGUUGCCCGGAACCUACGCCAGUGGAGGGCGGGCGCUAUGAGUUUGGCGCUGGCUCCACGCCAGGAGCCGAUGGCCUCUUCCCUAGAAAUUCUUUCGUUGCUGUAAUCUGCUUUAAGGGCUACAAACUAAAAGGUGGAAGUUCAGUUAUCUACUGUAAUGAUGACGAUGAGUGGUCUGCAUCACCAACAUGCAGAGCAAGUGGCUGUCCAAUGCCACAGAAGCCAUGGAAUGGUGUAGCGGUCUGGCUUUUUGGAAAGGGCCGGAAACUUGGCGGCCGCGCCCUUUUCAGAUGCAAGACGGGAUUUGAGCGGGUUGGGCCACGUAUUAAGACCUGCUCAAAGACUCCACAGGGCAUCAAAUGGACCGGAGGAAUUGUUGAAUGCAGAGCGGAGAACAGUUGCCAGAGUCCAAAUGUUCUCCACGGUGCAAACUGGACGCUGGUAGAAUCUGACAGGAGGAGUCGCCAUGACGAUGCAUCAUUCAUCCCUAACACCAAGAUCAAUGUCGCAUGUUGGCCUGGAUUUGUCUCAAUUGAGAGUCCCAGCCAGAUUACCUGUGGAAUGUCAGGGGAGUGGAGCCCAUCCAUUCCAACUUGUCGUGAGGUGAUGUGCCCAUCGCUUUUGGAGAGUGAAGCUGAGAUCAGCCAUCUACAAAGUAACAUGGCGAAUAGGACUUACAGGCUUGGGGAGGUAGUGGACUACCGCUGUGAUGCGGGCUAUCGUAUCCUUGGCAAGACCUGGAGGGAAUGUUCAGGACCAAGCUUACACCACCCAAACAGGACAUGGUCAGACCUUGAUCCUAUCUGCUCAGAAAUUGAAUGUCCAGACCCAGGUCACAUCCAAUUUGAAGGCAGUAGGUACCUAGAUUCCAGGAGAGUUGGAGGAAAUGUGACUUUCCGUUGUCGGUCUGGCUUCAACCUCCAAGGAUCGAGAGUCAGGCACUGUCUUCCUAAUGGGAAGUGGAGCGGAGCGCUCACCACAUGUGAUCACGAGGAUUUCUACUGCCCCAACCCUGGCAUUCCCAUUGGAGGACGAAUGGUCAAUGAACAAAGUGUGCAAUUCAGAAAGGGAAACAGAGUGUUGUAUGAAUGCAACAGAGACAGGGUGUUGCUAGGAUCUGAUGAGCGAGAGUGCCUGAAAUCAAGAAGCUGGAGCGGGGAACCUCCAACAUGUCGAGGGCCCUUUGACUUUGAGGACACCGUUGAGGUGGCAGCAAGAAUGGGAUACAACAUUGAAGGCCUUGUAACCAAACCACAAACCCCUACAGAGGACAACAAUACCACAGGUCCCAGUGGCAGGUUUAUAUCUCUUGGAUACACUCGAGGGAUGGAUAUCUACUUUGUUUUUGAUGCAUCUGGUAGCAUUCCAAAGGCUCACUUCCAAUAUGGCUUGGACCUUGCCAAAGCCCUUGUCAGUAAGAUUGGUGUGGCUGAUGGUCCUCGGCAAGCUCGGUAUGGUGCCUGUCUGUUUGCAUCAGACGUCCAAGUAGCUUUUCAUGUCUCUGAUCCUCAACCAUCAGUGGGAAUUGUAAAUGGUCUGCUAGAUGGACUGAUCAAUUUACAUGGCACUGAUCCAAUAGGAAGGGGGACAGCAACUGGCAAAGCACUCAAGCUUAUCCAUGAAAACAUGAUACCAGCUGCAUAUGACAGGCCAAAUGCACAUAAAUAUCUGUUCCUCUUCACAGAUGGGAAAACAAACAUGGGUGCUGAUGUCGCAUUGCCCAAGAAGGAAGCAGAGACACUACGUGAACGGUUUAAGGUUCAAAUUCACUGCAUCGGAGUUGGCCAUGAAAUAGAUAUCAAUGAACUGCAGGAAAUUGCAUCUCAACCAACCAAUGAGCACCUCUUCUUGGUAAAAGACUAUGGUGAACUUCACCUGCUUGUCCAGACUAUUACAAAACAGAAAUUAGAUUAUUCACCAUGUGGGUACAACGGAGGACCAAACCACCUGUUAACGCCAAGAAUAGCGGGCGGGAAUGUUGCUGAAAAUGGUGAAUGGCCCUGGCAGGUGGCUCUGUUCUGUGAUAAGGGUAUUGCAGGAUGUGAUGAAUGUGUGCCCGAGUUUUUCUGUGGUGGUAGUCUCAUUGCUCGUAACUGGGUUCUGUCAGCUGCACACUGCUUCCGAGAAUGCCCAUGGUCUGACAUCAGAGUAUAUACAGGAAUACUAGACAAAUCUACAAAUUUACUUCGAGAAUUUGACCCAUCCCUAGUGUACAACCUGGAUGGUGAAGAUGCCCUGAUAAGACAUGAAGAAUACAAUGACCAAAGCCUUGAUAAUGAUAUAGCCCUGCUGCGUCUGAGCCGGAAUGCCACACUCAGCCCAAACGUCAGACCUAUCUGCAUGCCACAGCCAACAAUGCAAGAUGCCGUGAUUUAUUCACAAAAUGGAGACGCGUUUGUGGCUGGUUGGGGAACUACAGACCCCUAUGAAUUAGACAAUUGUAAAGACACUCCCCUACGAACUUCACCCCUACUUAAGCAACUUGCUGUUACUGUUCGCACGGAUGAGGAAUGCAGGAAUAGCUUCACAAAUCACUUCAAGUGUAGCAUUGUAACUGCAUACAAGCCCGACAUAGCAUUUUGUGCAGGCGAUCCAGAAGGGAACCAGGACGCAUGCAGGGGAGACUCAGGAGGGCCAGUCAUGAGGCAGAUGACCGUUGCAGACGGCAGCAAACGAUGGGUCCAGAUAGGCAUUGUCAGCUGGGGAGAAGGCUGUGCUCAAAAGGGUCGAUAUGGAAUUUACACCAGACUCUCAACUUACAAAGACUGGAUCCAAGAUCACAUUGGUUCUACGGCCUAUGCCAUACACAACUGAACCAAGAUGUUAGUGAUCGAUAAAUGGACUGACACUGUGUAGCCCAUUUUCAUAGUAAUGUGCAUGUCUAUGACCAUUUUAUACAGUUCUAGCACUAACACAGGAAUCUUGCAUAGAGGGGGGCUUGGCUGUCGCAUGCAAACUUACUACUCUUUGAAAACGUGAAAUUGCCAAAUGUCUCAUCACCACUGAUGCAUCUAAUCAUUUUUUACACCAUAAACAAAUGCAUACAUGUACAUAUAUGCACAUGCAAAUCACAGGUACUUACAUGUAGAAUAUCUGAAAUCCUGUUGUAACAUUCACCAUGUGUGCUUAGACAUCGUCAGAGGAUUAGGUUUUUGACAAGAGCUGUUUUGGCUUCUUCACUUUAGUCUGUUUAGAAACAUCUGUGUUCUGGAGGUAAAACAAAACAAUGAAUGAAUCACUUUUGGUUGAGAUGCAUAUUAAUUACAUAUAUUAUCCCCUGUUUCUCUUAUGUUUUCUUUUGAUUUAAAACGGCACAUAUAUGCUUUUAUAAAAUUAUAAUUUAGAUUUCAACCAUAAAGCAAAUUAAUCAGUUUUCUACAUGUAUACAUGUACAAACAUUAUUUUGAGCUUGUGAAGGUCUUAUUUACAAAUGCUGCAGGAAGACCCUUUUUAACUA